AAAUCAGAGGGCAGCACACGGUGUGAUCGCGCGACCCUGCCCGUGAGCAAUCUCCCAACUCAUCUCUGCUUGUAGCGGUAGUUCUAUGCUCAAUUACGUAUUCAGUGGGAUUUAAAGAAGUAGUUUAAACGAAUUAACGGGUCGCGCGUGACUCACUCAUGGUUCUGUCAGUGCCUUUUAGUUUUGCCCUCCUCGGCUUCUCAAAUUCCUUUCACGUAGAGAGGCGAGGAAAAAAAGAAAAAGCCACCCGGCCAUUCGAUUGGGUCGCGCGCGGUUCCGUCGUGAAGACGCAGCGAAGACGUUGUUAAGGCGUCGUGUUGGUGGCACUGACGAUCGGUUGGAUUGACAGUACCUGACACGCGUUUUGCUACACGUCGUCUCACACGUCACGUCGCGUCUUCUCGAAUAUGGCCGAUUCCGCACCCAGCAAGACCGACAUCGAAGACAUAUUCAAGCGCUUGCGAGCAAUCCCCUCGAACAAGACAUGCUUCGACUGCGGCGCCAAAAACCCAGCAUGGUCGAGCGUGACUUACGGAGUUUUCCUAUGCAUCGAUUGUUCGGCGGUACAUCGAAGUCUAGGGGUUCAUCUUACGUUUGUGCGCUCCACGCAACUUGAUACUAACUGGACAUGGCUACAGCUAAGAAACAUGCAAGUUGGAGGAAAUUCCAGUGCCAGGAAAUUCUUCGCGCAACAUAAUUGUACGACAACAGAUGCACAGCAGAAGUACACUUCGCGUGCUGCCUUGCAAUACAAAGAGAAACUCGCGCGACUGUCUGCCGAAGCGAUGAGAAGAUAUGGAACAAAGGGUUUUCUCCCCGUGCAACCAAUCAAGGGUUCGCUACAUUUAGAUCAAGAAGUAGAGCACGAAACAGAAGAAACGAAGGAGGUGGACUUUUUCACAGAGCACGAAAAUGCAAUCUACCAGACUCCUAAAAUGUCCGAUCUUUCGGAGGGAACAAAUGCUCUGACAUUAAACUCGUCCUUAAAUGUGGGAAAGUUUGGCAAGAGCAACGCGUCAGACCUUUCUAACGUUUCCACUCAGUGUCUUAAACCAUUAGCAUCGACUGGCCUGUCCAAUUCUACAGCUUCGCUUGCUUCAGAACGGAAGUCUACGAUUGGGAUCGGCAAGAUCCAGUCCAGGAGAACAGGACUAGGUGCGAAGAAAGCAGGAGGUCUGGGAGCACAGAGGGUGAAGACAAACUUCGACGAGCUAGAGAAAAGCAUCACAUUGGACAGCGCGAAGGAGCCGGCGCUUCCAGAAUCGACAGAGAAGGCGAAGGAAGAACAGGAAGAAAUCGAGACGCGUCUCGCGUAUCGUUACGAGCAGAAUCUGUCGAUGCAGGCUAAAAAAGUGGAGGAGACAGCGCGUCGUCUGGGUCCAGCGAAAGCGGGUCAGGCGGAGCGACUCGGUAUGGGGCUCAAUACUCGUAGCGGCGCAAGUCAUUCCGCUCUGGGGGACAUGAGCACGAUCACCCAGGAAGGGGGGUCCAAUCUGAAAGUCGCAUCGUCCCCGGAAUCGAGGCCCAGGGACGCCGACAUCGACGCGGUCCGCUUCAUCUUCACCCUGGAUGACAUGCGAACCCACUUGCGUUGGAACGAGACGUGGAACAACAAGCCCAGCAACAAAUCCCGCGGCGCCGACGACGACGACGAUGACGACGAGGACAUGGUCGUGAUCACCGAGCCCGAAGUCGCCGCCGCGAAGCGCGAAACUACUCCCAAGCCCGACAACGAUGCUGCUUUCGAGCGCGACGAGGCUAGGAAGAAAUUCGGCGGUGCCAAGGCCAUCAGCUCCGAUCAGUUCUUCCGGGACACCAUGGGCGACGAUUCGGUAAAUUGCUUGAUCGAGCGCAAGAGCAACCUGCGUCGCUUCGAAGGGUCCUCCAGUAUCUCCUCGUCCGACUAUUUCGGCACCGGCAACUCGGGCCGGUCCUCCGGGUCGGCGUCCUUGGCCCCACGAGGCGGAGGGGUCGACUUGGAGGACGUGCGCGAAAGUGUGCGACAGGGCGUCAACAAGGUGGCCGGAAGGCUCAGCUCCCUCGCCAGCGCUGCGGUUUCCUCUAUACAAGACCGGUACGGCUACUGAAAGGGGAACCCUUCCUCGUUCGAGUAAUUAAGGUUGCAUAUGUAUUCUCAGGAGACUUUCCAUACUGUUAAACGGGAUUGUAAAUAAAGAGCGUUUACUCGAAA